CGAAGCACACAGAAAAACGAAGAAGAAGAAAGAGAAGCCUUUUAGAGAGAGAAAUCAUGCUCUGCAAUCGGUUAUCAACGGUUUCAGGAAGUGAUUCUCGCUUCUUCUACCUCCCAAAUCCACCAAUUUCUUCCCCCAAAUCCUUCAAAUUUUCCUCCAUUCGACUUCCGUCUCGUUCCGCUUCAUUCCAACUGAAAGUCGCGUGUGUCGCCGAGCCUUUAUCUUCCGCCGACGAAUUGAGCUUCUACGAGCUUCUCGGUAUCCCAAAAACCGGAUCCUUACCCGACAUCAAGCAAGCCUACAAGCAGCUCGCUCGCAAGUACCACCCGGAUGUGUCGCCGCCGGGUCGGGUCGACGACCACACCAAGAUGUUCGUUCGAAUCCAUGAAGCCUAUGAGACCUUGUCGGAUCCUUCACGGAGAGCUCUGUACGACAGUUCCAUGGGGCUUCACUCAGGCGGAAGCUACUACGACCAUGCGAUGGCUGAACGGAAGAAAGAAUGGAGAUCUCAAUGGCAGGCUCAGCUCGCACAGCUGCAGAACAGAACUACUAAUAAGAGGCAUGGCGAUAGAAGUCAGUUAUGGGCGGCUCGAGUCCGCCGGCAGAGGAGUGGAUCCUUUAAUGAAGCUUACAAUUAGCUAUUUAUUUGUAUAUAUAAGUUAAUCUAGCAAUAUAUAUAUAUAAGUUAAUUAUAUAUUCUGUUCUGGAAUAGUGCUUUUCUGUAUAGGAUAUUUUCCUUUUUGAACUAUGAUGUAUAGAAUUUUUUCUUGAACCUUUUGAGAUGGGUUCUUUUUUCUUUUUUCUUUAUUUUUAUUUUUUACUUUAUUUUUAAUUUUUAAUUUUGUUGUUGAUAGUGUUUUCUAGUUAAAUGAAGUUCUAGCUUUUCUUCAAA